CAGAUUCCGAAGCUACUCACCCAAACGGCGAAAACACUGGCUCGCUCACCUCGGGAAGACAGAUGAAUCGAGUGAAUUCCCGAGCAGAGAUGACCUUCUAAGUAACAGAGUGCUGAUAUCCCCCAGCCCAUCAUCACCAUGGAGACGACCAGCAACUACGUGCUGAUCCAUGGGAAGAACAUAUCCCACAAUACCCUUGCGGGCUCCGCCGCUGGGCCUCACAUGUCCAUCGACAAACUGUUCCCAGCUCUCCUCGAGUGCUUCGGCAUCAUACUGUGUGGCUACAUAGCUGGCAGGGCAGAUAUCAUCACGGAGAGCCAGGCGAAGGGUUUGGGGAACUUUGUGUCUAAGUUUGCUCUUCCAGCUCUGCUCUUUAAAAACAUGGUGCUGUUGGACUUUGGAGACGUCAUCUGGGCGUUUCUCUGGAGCGUCCUGGUCGCUAAGGUGACGGUGUUUGUGCUGGUAUGUGUGCUGACGCUGAUGGUGGCCAGUCCAGACAGCAGGUACAGCAAGGCCGGGCUGUAUGCCAUCUUUGCUACGCAGAGCAAUGACUUCGCUUUGGGGUACCCCAUAGUCGAUGCUCUGUAUCGGAGCACAUAUCCAGAAUACCUCCAGUACAUCUAUCUGGUUGCCCCGGUCUCCCUCAUGCUCCUCAAUCCCAUCGGCUUUGCUCUUUGUGAGGUGCAGAGGUGGAGGCAGGCCAGCCAUCCACAGCACAGCACUGUUGGCAUCCUGGGAAUUGUAGUCUUACAGGUGUUGAAGAACCCAAUAGUGUUCAUGGUGAUAGUGGGAAUCAUCUCCCAUUUUGCCCUGGGCCAGCAUAUCCCUGCUGUGUUGUCGGAGUUCAUAGACGGCCUGGCCAACUCUUUUGGAGGGGCAGCCUUGUUUUACCUUGGCCUCACUAUGGUCGGCCAGCUUAGAAAGCUAACCAGAGACACUGGAGUUGCCUUGAUACUCCUCAUCACAGCCAAGCUCCUGGUAAUGCCACUGGUCUGCAAAGACAUGGUCGAUAUUUUGGAUGUAGGAGUGAACAGCACGAGUGCCAACCACACCAGUUUGUCCAACUUUGCUUUCCUGUACGGAGUCUUCCCCACUGCACCUAGUGUGGCCAUCUAUGCUGGACACUACAACAUGGAGUUAGAGGUGGUGACAUCAGGGAUGGUAAUCGGUACGUUUUUGUCUGCGCCGAUCAUGUACGUGUCAGCCUGGUUAUUAACGAUCCCUCUAAUGGACCCCAGCCCCCUGGUGACAGAGCUUGAAAACGUUAGCUUCAACAUCAGCAUUGUCAGCCUUCUUGCACUGGUUUGGACCAUAGCAGUGAUGUUGCUCAGCAGGAAAUUUAACAGACUUCCUCACCUCUUUGCCUUAAAUCUUUUCCUGGCUCAGUUUUUGGUGUGUGUCAGUAUGAUCCUGUGGAACUUCUUGGUCAAACAAGAAGAUAAUCUGCUCGGCAAAAUUCUCACCUUCACCCUGCUCUACGGGUCUCUGUACAGCACCUACAUUUGGACAGGCUUAAUCCCUCUCUGUCUGGCUCUGACUAACAGAGAUGAUCUGCUGAGACUCCGACCAGGAGUAUUCAUGAUUUUGGGCUGGGGGGUCCCCUUCCUUAUGGUCGGGUGUCUUCUGAUAUCAGGAGAGAGAACUGAUACCAUAGACUCUGCCUUCUUCUAUGGCAGAGCUCAGAUAAUCAGCACAUCAGUGGUGCUUGCAAUUAGCCUGGUGCUCGGUGCAAUAUCUCUGAUGGGUCUCAGCCAGGGAGGCAGGGAGCAGAGAGGCUACCAGGCCCUGAGCAGAGCUGCUGUAACAGGCAUCAACGAUGAGUUGAGGACCCCUGGUGACUUGGAGGAUCUACAACAACCACAACAACAGACACAGAUGGCAAAUUCACCUGCCUGCAGCAUCAACUCAGACCCCCACAGUUUCUCUCCUGUCCAGACCAUACCCGACAUGAUAGCCAGCACGCAAAGGGAGAACUCAAACAACACAGGCCACAGUGGGGCGCUGUGUGACGGGCAGCAGCAGAGUUCUUCCUCCUCAGAGCAACCGCUGAACCUGCCGCCACCUGGGCUUCAACCCACCGAUGACAAACAGACAGUCAGACACGUUCUGCUCUGUCUGCUCCUCAUUGUCAGCCUGCUAGCGAACCUGUCCAGCUGUCUGUGGUGGUUGUUUAACAAAGAUCCGGGAAGACUUUACCUGGAACUACAGUUCUUCUGUGCCGUGGCAAACUACGGACAGGGUUUCCUGUCCUUUGGGAUCUUUGGUCUCGACAGACACCUCAUCAUCUUGCCUUUCAAGAAGAGGUUGCUCGGCCUGUGGCAGGGCAGGAACAGUGAGGAUCUGAGUCCUUCAGGUGUACCAGAGGAGGUCAGGCUCACCUGUACCCAGUUUGUCCGCUACCACAAAGACCAGUGUGUGCAAGACAUAGUACACACACACAGGUUUGGUGGAGGAGGAGGAGGAGGACUGGAGGAGGAGAACGGGGUUUUGAGACAUUCCCCCUCCCAUGAGCCCCAGUACCUACAAAUGCAUCAGGAUCUUCAGGAGCAACUAAACCAGUUGCCACAGAAUCUGCACCAGAUUCACCAAACUCACGACCCAGCUGAAUCCCGUGACCAGUGUUCUCUUCCAUCCCCACCCCGGCUGGAGCCUGAGACUCAACCCCAAGUUAAUACUUCCGACUGUGAUAUCCAAGAGGGGCAGACUUCCCGGCUCCAGUCUAACCAAGCUCGUGACCCAGCUCAUCCUCAACACCUACAGCAGCACGGUCUUGCUUCAAGCCCAUCCCAUCUCCAUCCGCAGCCACAGUCCCAUCUUGAAAGUGUGUUUCGGGGCAGUGACUUGGUGGACUGGCUGGUCGAGUGGGGCCUGUGUGCUGGGCGAGCCGAGGCCCAACUGUACGGCGCUCGACUUCAGCAGGGCGGAGUGUUAGAUCACGUCACGUGUCAGCACAGCUUCAGGGACGAAGUUACGCUGCUGUACCGCUUCACACAGGGGAGAGGGGAAGGAUUGUCCCAGAACAUGUGAGAAGAAGUGAGUGGGAAGGAAGUGGAGUGAGCAAGACAAGGGGGAGGAGAUGGAGAAGAAGAGGAGAAAGAUGAGACAGAAAAGAAGGCGAGGUGGAGGAAAAAGCAGGCUUGGAGGUACCAAGCAGCAACUACCAUGGAUGAGUGCCAAAGCAGAAGUCCCUAACGGUGCGUUGUUUCUACGAGCACUAAAUGCUGGCUCUGGAAAUGAGAGAGACCCACAUCUUCUCCGUAGAAAUGUCCUUUUCCUCCACAACAAUCUAGCUAAUGUAUGUGAUUGGUGCAAUUCUGAUAUAUUUCCUCCAUAAUGAUGCUAUUAAGUGGUACAUUUCAUAGCAUGCUUGCCUUGAUUGACAGUUGUCUUAGGCUCUUCAUGGUGGUUGCUGCUUGCUUGUCCGCUCAGGCUUCACCCCUGUGGCCCAAAUGGGAAAAUUUCUGGCUCUGACUACUGUGAGACUUUGUUUGAAGUCCCCUCAUGGGUGAUGUGCAAGGUCAUUUGAGACACAUAAAGAGUAGGACCAUGAGACAAGGAAAGUGAUAGCUGGGGUUGUGGAGACAUUUAAGAAAGUAAGAGGUGAAAGAAGAUGAAAUGAGUUCUCCCUACUUCACCCUUCUUGGCUCCAGACCAAGCCUUCUUAACUUUUUUUUGGUUUCAGUUUUUUUCACCGCUCUGACCUGAGCUGGCUUUUAUGAUAGAUUUUUGAUUUUAGUUGCCAUGAGAUGUGAACAGGAUCGAAUCACUGUCCAAGCAGUGACAGAGAAAAGUCAUUUUUCUUUUUUUUUUUUUUUUUGGUCUGGAAUUCUGUGAACCAAUGAAUAUUUUCAGUGUGUGAAGGACAAAUAAGCUCUUUUUUUGAAGGACAAGUUGCCAUUCAUCAGCCUAUCAUAUUCAAACAUCAUAUUAUUUAUGUGACAUCUGACUGCCACUGGUGAGAAGACAGUGAGAGUAGACCAGUAAACUGAUGGUACUGUAUGUUUGGUCUUAGCCAAUAAGCUGCCGGGCUGCUCACUGAAUGCCGGUGGUGUUCUUACCUGCUCUUUCUGUUUUAUGUAGUCAUGUUUUCUUUGACACUACAUGAAUUCAUCCUGAAUCUGCCUGUUAUUUCAGUAUUUGAUAUUUUGCACGCUGUGUCUUUUAACCACUCCGGUUUACGUUGACUACCUGCAUGACUGAGAGCAGUACAGACUUCUGCUCAGCACUGAAACUUUUGCACUGACUGAAUAAUAACAUUCUGGUUUUUAAAAUAUGCAACUCACUGGAUAUUUAUCUUGUGAUGAUGCUGCAAAAGUGUGUCACCAUGGUCAAUGUGAAAUACCUGUUUGGGACCGAUCGUGGUCAUGUUACUCAAUGGAUUCAUUCAGGCAGGCUGGAAAAUUAGCACAGAUGCCUUUCCAGCCAAAUCUGGCGCUAGCUUGAUUUGAGAAUUCAGCCCAGGCCAAAACUGAACUCAAGUUAUUUCUUUGCCACUAAAUUGAACCUACAGGAUGUGAGAUUAAACUUCAAAAAGACAAGCCCUUCAUCUACAAUGUCUCUAGGCAUCUGACAUACUUUGAUAAGACCGGUACAGUCCUGAAACUGACAUAGCCACAAUUACAGUUCUCAUUUUUUUGGCAUAACAAUCUAGCUCACUCUAUUGUACACAAAACCACUACUGAACUGUCAACACAUUGUGUAGCUCCCACUGAGCGACUGGCAGAACUGAAUGCAGCUAUUUUUCGCCUGUUACUUUGCCGUUGAUUUGUGAUAUUGUUACUAUGAAGUUUACGGUGUUUUGGCAGGGUUGUAGAAGAUGGAGGGAUGGUGAUAUAUAUACAUAUGAGCAGAGACAAAGACCACACUAAUGUGAAACUGAUGCUAUAAUGAUGAGAUCUGUGUCGCGCUCAUGAUAGCGUGACCCGAGGAUGGCGAGGUCGAGCCAGAGCAAAAUAUCGACAGGGAUUUCCAAGAAACUUAAACAUUCAUUGUUCUGUGAGCAAAAUUCCCAAUCAUUUGGUGACCCCCGACCUUUCAUCUAGAGCACAGUGUCCAAUAUAUGAUAUUAUUCUGAUCUACUGGAUCCCUGUUCUUCAUCGCAAACGUCCCAAAAAUUUGUACAUGUAUAUUAUUUCCAUCUUUGUGUCUUCUGCCCACCGAUGCCACCUGACUCAUGCAAUUCAUAUCGGGUCGUGUUUACUGAGUUGUUUCAAGUGAGAUUUUGCGACAGAGUGCCUGCCUCAACCAGCGUGAAGGUGUGUGUAUUGGUGUGUUCGUGUGCAUGAACAAAAAUGUCUGAGCUUCUGUGUGACGUAUGUGUAGGAGAGAGAACAAGAGAGAUUUUAACACGAGGCGUGACAGCGUGUUGUAACUGUGGAUGCUGUUUUUCAAGUGUGUUGCUGUCAAUCAGGGUCAAUGACUGUAAACUUAAGAAAUGCAAAAAUAAACUACUGUUUGCAUCCAAAA